AUGAACGGACACGCUACUUCCAAGGUGUCCCUGUCACACGAAGAGGGCAUGAGUCUUUUAGACGAGAAGACGUUAUCCGACGUCGAGAGCGAGAGCGGUAGGGUCGACCUCGAAUCCCGCUUCGCGAUACCACGAUGGUCCUCGGUUGCACGGGGUGUCGUGGGCUAUGCCCGGGCCGUACCAUGGCGUGUUACGGUAAUUCGCGGCCUCAUCUUCCUACUUCCUAGCUUCGUCCAGAGCCGAUUCUCAAGAGAACGAGGUCGAGCCGAGAAGCUGUUCCCGACUUCCCACCUCGACGGUAUGCGUGGAGUGGCCGCACUCUUCGUUUUCUUUUGUCACUACUUUUACCAGGCCUUCAUCAUCGCCGAGGGUUGGGGUUCGUCGGAAAAGAACUACCACGUCCUCAAGAUGCCGUUCCUCCGACUCUUUUAUCAAGGUCCGCCUGCCGUGUGCCUGUUUUUCGUCAUUUCCGGUUACGCCUUGUCCAUGAAACCUAUCAAGCUUGCGCGCGCUCGAAACUUUGACGAGUUCUCUGCCACGACGACGUCGUUGAUCUUCCGCAGAUUCAUCAGACUCUACUUGCCAACCGCCAUCUCCACCUUUGGUAUCAUGAUGCUGCUGCAAUUGGGUGUUUACGAGUGGACCAGAGACUUCGCCACCGACAAGACCUAUCACAAGAAUGUCAUGGAGCCUCACCCGAAGCCUCUGGACACCUUCUCGGAGCAGCUGACGGACUGGGCGUGGAGCAUGUUCAACUUCGUCCACGUAUUUGGCUGGGAGAAGUUUGGCGGAAGCACAUCGUACGACGUGCACCUAUGGACCAUCCCAGUCGAGUUCCGCUGUUCCAUGUACUUGUUUAUCACGCUCAUCGGCCUGGCUCGCGUUCGGACCGGGCUCCGCUUCCUCUUUCUCUGGGGCAUCAUCGCAUUCACCUACCGCAACAACCGCUGGGAGCUGCUGCUCUUCUACUUUGGGAUGAUGCUUGCAGAAUAUGACCAGAUCAUGGGCAACAACACCCCCGUCGGCGGCUCCAUUCUCCCCACCAACGAGGCCCAGCCGAACAAGAAGCUCUUCAAGGGCUUCUGCUGGGCGAUGCUUAGCAUUCUAUCCAUUUACUUCAUGUGCCAGCCGGACAUCAACUACGAAAUCACCCCCGGCUGGGUCUGGCUUUGCUCCUUCAUUCCCAAGUGGUGGGAUGCCGAAGGCUACCGAUUUUGGCAAUCCAUCGGGGCUGUCUUGUUCGUCCUUUGCGUCAGCCACUCGCCGAGAUGGAAGAGCUUCUUCAACCUGGCUCCGAUCCAGUACCUCGGAAAGAUUAGCUACGCCCUCUACCUCAUGCACGGCCCGGUGAUGCACACCGUCGGCUACAUGAUUGAGAAGCGGGCUUACGCCGUGACGGGAACCGAAGGAUGGUGGUACAACACGGGCUUCGUGUUGGGAUCCUUGGGGUGCAUUCCCGCUGUGAUCUGGGCGGCAGACGUCUUCUGGAGACUCUUCGACAUUCCGACGGUGCGAUUUGCAAAGUGGUUGGAGACAAAGUGCUCCAUCAAACAACAAUAG